GCCGCGUUACAAACCAUUUUUAAGUCAAAAGUAAUACACUUUUGACUUAAAAUCAGUCGUUAGAGUAAUAUUUUUGCUUUAAGCUAAACAAUGUCUUCAAAUAAGAAUUUUCGUUUUCAUCAAUGUUUAAGUCAUUGUUUUUUAGCCGUAUUAUUGAUCAAUGUAUGUUCUGCAUCAGUCGUGAAGUUCCCGGAUAACUUUUUAUUUGGAGCUUCAUCAAGUGCUUAUCAAAUAGAAGGUGGCUGGAAUGAAGGCGGAAAAACUAUGAGUAUAUGGGAUGAAUUAUAUCAUGGUAACAAUAAAUUGACAAAUGGAUCAGAAUUUUCUAUUUCAAAAAAAGAUUUAAGGCAAUCAAUCCGGUUUUUUAAAAGCAAAACUAUUAAGUUUAUUGGUAUGCACAAAAACAAUUUAUUUUUUAAAAAUUUGUCCCCUCAUCCAAUUACUUUCUUACCGAGUCAUGCUAAGGAUGACAACGUAUUAUUAAAUGGAGACAUUGCAUGCGAUUCGUAUCAUAAAUAUGAGGAAGACAUAAAAUUACUCAAAGAACUAGGAGUAAAAGUAUAUCGUUUUUCAUUGAGUUGGCCAAGAAUUUUACCACAAGGACACGAUCAUGAAUUGAACCCAGAGGGUAUUAACUAUUACCAUAAAUUGAUAGAUUUACUACUCGCUAACAAUAUCGAACCAUUGGUUACAAUUUAUCACUGGGAUCUACCACAAUCACUUCAACUUCUAGGUGGCUGGACAAAUUCUAAUAUCAUAAGAUAUUUUGUAAACUAUGCAAAUUUUGUAUUUAAGACCUACGGAGAUAAAGUUAAAUAUUGGACAACAAUCAAUGAACCCAGGAUGGUAUCUGAGGGUUAUGGAGGGAAAUUUCCACAUGCUCCACAUUUAGGUGAAGCUUACAGUGGUAUAGGAGAUUACAUGGUUAUUCAUAAUCUGCUACUAGCUCAUGCUACUGCCUAUAGACUGUAUGAAAAUAAUUAUAAAACACAACAAAAUGGUGCAAUUUGCAUUUGCUUAGAUACAUUAUGGGGAUUCCCAAAUAAUGAAAGUAGCGAAGAAGAUCAAAAUUCAGCUAAACUAUUAUUAGAUGCUUAUGUUGGACUAUUCGUUGAACCUUUAGCAACUGGUGAGAUCCCAAAAGCGUAUUUUGAAUCAAUUAAAGAUACGAAUAAAAAGAAAGGAAUCAAUGUUUGGCGCAUUAUUCAGUUUACUCAAGAAGAAAAAGAUCGAAUAAUUGGAAGUUUUGAUUUCAUAUCAGUAAACUAUUAUCAUUCAUUAAAUGUUACUGCGAUGACAGAAGCAGAGAUAUUCGAUCCCAGUAAUGAUUUAAAAACAAUUGAUCAAAGGGCUAUUACACCUAGUUGGGAUGAAAAAGAAGAUUUAGACGACACUGUAUUGGGAUUUAGAAAUGUAAUGCAUUAUUUGAAUGAUACACUUGGACAAAUUCCUUUCAAGAAACGUCCAAGAUUUUUUAUUUCUGAAAAUGGAUUGGGUGAUGAUAGCGACAAUAAUAUUCAUAAAAUUAAAUAUCAUCAGGAAAUCCUUAAAGAAACUAAAAAUUUAAUUGAUGAGGGAAUUGAUAUUUUUGGGUAUAGCGUUUGGUCACUAAUGGAUUCUUUUGAAUGGGUUAGUCCUAGUACUACUAAGUUUGGAAUGUAUCAUGUGGAUUUCACCAAUCCUAAACGACCUCGAACAAAAAAACCUUGUGUCAAAUAUUUUCAACACGUCUUCCACAAUAUGACUUUACCAGAUAUUCCUUAAGAAAAAAAUGAGAAAAUUCUACAAUUUUAACAAUAGCAAAUUUGGCUAGCUUUUUUACUUUUAAAUAUUAUGCAAGAUUUUUUUUUGUUUAAUAAUGUAAACAAUACAUGACCAAUAUACAAAGACAUUUUUUUUAAAUUAAUUUGUACCAACAAUUUUUACAAAAGUUUUUUUAUUGUGAAUUUUACUUUAAUAUCAAAAUUUACAAUGUUUUUUACAGAAUAAUUGUAUACAAAAUAUGACUGAUUAAUUAAAGACAUUCUUAAAAAUAAAUUUGUGUUUAUUAUAAAUAUAUUUUGAUAUUAUGAUUA